GGAAAGAAACAACAAAGAACAAAUAAGAAACCGGUAGCGUGAAUGUUAAAUUGAAUUUCCCCCAAUUCUCUUCUCUUUCCCCCAAAUCUCAAACCCUAAUUUCACACGGAACCCUAAUUCUGAAGCCACAAAAGAAAAGUUACGAUCUUGCAACAGCAAUUCGUUGAUCGGAAAUUGGAAGGUGCAUAGGUGUUCCAUUAUAAGUUACUCUCACUAUAAACUUCUUUGGAUCUCAUAUACAAAUACCAGAAAAUGGUGAACAAGGAGCCAUGAGGACCUGUUAUUUUUAUUAUUGGAACAAAUCUGUAUUCAACUGGCAAGGUGGUUUGGUAUAAGUUGACCUAUGCAUUGGAUCUUCAUAUCGGAUUAAGGCAGUAAACAAAUUUCUUUCCUUUUGAUUAUAAGCUUGUCACUUUUAACAGGUUGUUACCACUUUGAUUUGGUUUGUCACUCUUACCAUUUGAUUCAAAAUCUAUAAUAACCGUCCGCGUUUUUUUAUCGCCUUUCAUUCAGAUUCUACUAAAAAUAGUCUAGUAUCUAGCUCCUGGUAUUUUUCAUCCUUUUGUCUUUGGUUAUCCAAAAAAAAAGAAAGAAAGAAAGAAAGAAAGAAACGUAAAAGUGUUUUCAGGAUAAUUAUAUACUCUAUAGUCUAGUCUGAUAAAUCCUUUUCUUGAAGGAUAGGUUGUAGGUAGCAGGUAAAAUUCUCUUCUGAGUUUCAACUGAAAUUUAAAUGGUAUUGCAGGCACUUGAUUGGCCUUAUUGGUGACCAUAGAGAAGAGGCCUUCUGUUUUGAAAAUUUGAUUAUUCAUCAAAAUUUAUUGCGUACAAACAGAUGGAAUUGGAGGCUCUAGAUAUCCGCCUUUGUCUGGAGGUGUCAGCCAAGUUCGUUAUAUCCUAUCUUGCUUGUAUUUGAACUAAGUACCGCAAGAGAAUGUCUUUGAGAUGGAAACUAUGCCAAUUUGGUGUUAAUCAUUGUCCUGGUCUCAGCAUCUGGAAUGGUAGGAUUGUUAGAGUUAAUUCUCUGAUGUACAGAACUACAGAUAUAAACCUUUUAUGAAAAGAAGGAUUUUCUACCUGAAAAAAUCAGGCAUAACUUAGUAUCUUUCACAAUGCUGCCAUACAUGUGAAUGAUAUUCUGUGAUAUAUUCAUAGAGUUGUUGUCAAGAACUCUUGACUUCUGUUGAUGUUGGGUUGCCAAUUGAACUUGAGAUAAAAAGCUUUUGCACUAGGAACUCUUGCCUUCUCACAACUAUCCCUCCUUUAUUGUAUAUGGUGCAUGUGCACAGGAAGGAAAAAUAAUGAUGCUUGGAGGUUGUUGGGGCGUUCUUUGUGAAACUUAUCUGAUGUCCGCAAAUUUAGUUUUAGUCUUAAGUUUGGAGAAGUUGUUUUGGAUGCGUGAAGGUUUUUUUCCGAGGUUGCAUCCAUUUUCUAGUCCUGCUCAGCUUGUAAACAUAUCUUGGCAUUGCAAGCUAGAUGGUUUGGCUUCUUUUGGGUUCACUUAUGCUUGUCAUGGAGUGAACAUAUACUUGCACCUGAUAUUCUUGGAGUGUCUACAAGGACUUUUUUUAUUUCUUUCUCUCAAUGAUAAUUCUAUCCAUGAUGAAAUGCUGAGAGAACAAGGACGGAGAUGUAACAUUCUUGGUGGACGUUUUUUAUUUUUCAAAUUAAUUAAAGUUAUUGGUGUUUUGAAGAAAACUCUACAUAUUAUUGGAGAGAGAGAUGAUAUAUUACCCUGAUUACUGGGGACAUUGCAUGUGGGAAGUUACCUCUUCAUGGCCGUGACUUUUUUUGGGUCGUCUAGAGCUGCUGCGACUCUCCUAACUUUCUAUAUCCGGUCCUUUAUAUCCACAAUCUACUCCUUGUAUAAUAUAUAAAACUUGGCUAUCUCUUCUUAUAGCAUACAUAAUAAGCUUAGGGAAGAGAUCCGGAGUCUUGUAAAAGAAAAUACAAAGACCUAUGCUUUCAACUGCAGUAAAAUUAUGUGAUUGAACAAAUUUUCAGCAGUUAUCAAAGAAAGGUCAGAGAACUAUUUUCCUUUCAGUUCUUGUAGCUCAAGCUGCAGUUUUUCUAAAUUGUUAAUUUGAUGUUAUUAUCUUGAUUCUGCUGUUCACAUGAUCAGCCAUUCUUCUGUUUACAUGACAAGCCAGGGCUAUUUAGGCGUUAUACCAAUGGAUCCAGCAGGUAUUUUGUUGUUCAGCUUGCAUCUAUCAGUCCUAUGUAGAGCGUAGUUAUAGUGGCAGUGUACGGUACAAUAUUUGUGCCAAUCUGAAUCAUAUAACGUAAUAUUUGCCAUUGUGAUUUUGCAAAUUUAAGGUCUGUUUGGUGCUCUAAUCUUUUACUUCAUUUUAGAGGUAGGAAUUUGUAGUUUUGAAGUUGUUGGCUGUCUUCUCUGGAGUUCAUGUCUUUGCUUCUUAUUCUGCCUUAUGUUUAACCUAUAGUGAUCACUGACAUCAUUGGCCAUGUUGUUUACUUCUCCAACUGGCUGUCUUUUAAAACCUGUUAAGCUAUCGUGUCCCUGUUGAUUGUAGAGAAGAAUUAUGAUUAUGAUCCUUUUGUGGUGCUAAGAAGCAAUUGUGAUCCGCCCCUAAAGUUAAUUAUGCGAAUUAAUGGUCACGUAAUGUCUCUUCGUUCUGGUUUAAUAAAAGUAUACUGGUCUAUACCUGAUUGUAUGCUGGAUAACAGAGUUGUGAAUGUGACUGAAAAAUAAUGAAUACAAACAAAUUAUUAAGUAUGAAAUAUAUUACACUUUUUCCAUAUUGGCUUAUUUUAUUGGUAGUCUGGUUACUAGGUCUACACUGAUACGUGCAAUUCAGCUAAAAAAAUGUAAGUAUAUCCAGCAAUUGCUUAAGAGCAACAUAGCUUGAUGUGUCUGAGGCGGGCCUGUUCCGUGUGUUAGGAGUCUAGCUCUUCCGCAGUCUUCUCUCUCCUGAUUUGGACUAAGCGUGUCUAGAGUUCCUCCCAACUCAUUUUGUCACGCAUGGAUUCAGCUACCAAUGUAGCAGUCUUCCUCCCUAGAUUAUGCUUAUAGAGUGUUUUUCCACCAGAUUUAUUUCAUAAACAAAUUAACUGAAUAGUGAUACAUUAUUGUAAGGUGGCAGUUUUGAUUGUAUCUGCUAGCUGUUGCUGACAAAUUGCAGUACUCGGUUUCUGCUCACAGUUGUUUUCCAUAUUUUGGCGUUCCUUAAUCCUGACAUUGCCUAUUUUAAGAACUGUGAUCUUGUUAAUUGCUUUAUACUUAGUGACCUGGCACAUUACACAAUAGAACAUAAAGUACAUAGGGUUAUGCAUAAAUUUGCCUAUCCACUGGUUUUUUUGUUCAUAUUUAUAAAUACUAAGUUCAUUAUUAUUUAAAAAUGACAGUAGUAAGAACUCCAAAAAGAAUUCGCGCAUGUAAUAUUACUCUUUUUAAACGCUAACUGUGGAAAAGUUUAAUGGAAUAUUUCAAUUCCCUUUUUAAAAGUUCAAGGGCACUCUAAUCCCCUUUGCGUUCUUUUUUAUGGGGAACAUCUUAUACGAAUUAGCGGUGUAUAGGCAUCUUUGUUUUUUGUUUAUAUGUUCUGACUACCAAGUUGCCACAACAGUUUGUUUUAGAGAACCUGCUGUCAUGCGUUGAUGGUUAGUAUGUUAAUCUUUUCUAUAAAUUUCCUAGAUCUUCGCUUUUAAUGCUAAAUGAAAUCUAUGUUCUGAUCAUCAGAGUUUACAUGUAUUGCCAUGUUAAUAUUGUUGUUGUCCAAAAUUUUGAAUACUUCUCCAGCCCUUUCCUAUAUACUGAAUAAUAAAGUUUCAUUUGUACAUGGGGCCGCAUACUGCUAUAACUAAUUCUUUGAUGGUUGGAUGGAUAUAUUUUGACCGAUCCUCUGGUGAAGUCUAUGUACUGCACAUUCCCAGCAGAACAAUUUCAGUUGUACAAGAUUUCAAUGCUUUCAUCAAUUUUCCGCUUACAUUUUGUGCUGUUUUUUGAAGUGCACAUUAUCAGCGGAACAUGGUUGAAGUUAGAUUCUUGUGCAACUCCUUUUAGUUUCGGGAAGCAAACGUGAGAAGAGCAUUACAAAUUUAGUGUUUAGAACCUACUUAUUGUAUUGCCUAUAUAUACAUCUCUGUAACUGAUUACCCUUAACAUUUCUAAGAGGAAUCACAUUUUGACAUGCAAAACAGAUGUAUAAUUAUACUGGAAGAAGCAAUGGUAAGCUCCACGUGAAUCAUAUAGUGACAGUAGCUAUUUUGAUGCAGUUCUGUAAGGACGUGCAAAACAGAUGUACAGUUAGCCUUAACUCGUACACUCAGCAAACGCAAUUUAGAAACUAACUAUGGUGACAAUAGCUAUUUUGAUACAGUUCUGCUUCUAAAAUAAGUUGAAACUUGUCUACAAGUUGCAAUGUUGGAUCAUGAGUAGGCUAGCCCUUGUUAAAUGCUGAGAGGGUUAUAGAUGUUACAUUGAGACACAGAAUGUGUUUUUCAAACUGAAAUUGGAAGGAAACUGUUAUCCCUGCAGGAGCUAAAUGUAGCUUUGGAGUAAAUCUUGUCGUUGCUACUCUUUAUGACAACAUUGAGAAUUAUAUGCAUUGCCAUUAAAGAAAAAGUACCUUGGAAAUUUUUGCUUCUCUCCUUGCUUGUUCUAUACAACGGUUACCCAGAAGGUUAAUCGAUAUGAGAAAGCUGAUAGUAAUCUGUUUUUGGGGCAGAUUUUGUGCUCUUUUGAAGAGUGGAAACAGUUAGCAAUGUCUCAGAGGAACUUUUUUAAUGCAUCUCAAUUUCCGACAAGGGAUCCUGAUCAAGUCUGGAGCCAUCACCACUCUGACUCUCACAUGCGCUUGGGAAAUGCUUCUUUUGUGCUCCCAGCGGAUGGUGCUGCAAGCACAACAAUGUUGAGGCCAAAUGACUACCCUUCAUCUAGUUUUUCAAAUUACACAUCAAAUCCUGAACUGUUGCAUGAUCCAUAUCCGCAUCCUUCAUUCGCUGCCAGCUCCAGUCGGUUUCCACCAGAUCAAGUCCAGUACUUUCCACCACCUUGCUUCAGUCAUCAUGGAAGUAGCAUGGUUAAUCCCCAAAUGGAGAUUGGAAGGUCAGCCUUUAAAAGGAAACACCCAACUAUGCCUUCAACUUUAACUGGAGAGAACACUAGCGGAUACUACAGUACUGGAAGUUCUUCGAACCUUCACAUCUCAUCUAGUCAUCUACUUCCAAAGCCUGCAAUGAGGCCUCAGUACUGGCCUCAGGAUCCCACUAACAUUACUCAUGGUUAUAGUGCUAUAGAUGACUCUCAGAGGAAUGUGAGAAGUCGGCAUAACCAACAUCCUGUGCAUGUGGAAAUUAAUCCGUCUGUGGCUUACUCAUCAACUAACAUGCCGCACCAUUUCCAUGGAGCAGGAGAUCUGCCUGGAGUUACUAUGGAAGGACAAAUGAGCCAUGUACAAAUGCCUAUAGCUCCCCAGGGAAGACCUUCAGAUCCCGGCUUUAACCAUGAGACAUACCCGUAUGUUGCAGCCCCCAGUAUUGUCAAUAAUGCUGUCGGGUCCAAUGGGGUAUUUCACCCGAACCUUACUCAGAACAGGAAUACAAUUUCUUCAACAGCUGAUGGUAGCAAUGGCUACAAUCAGAGAUCAAAUCCUUAUAGGCCAAGUUUAAGCUAUACACCAGUCGGAUUUGCUUCUACUGUAGAGGAAAGUGGACCCUCAGCAAUGGAAUCUGUUGCAUCUUCUAGAUUUUCGAGGCCACUUUCUAUCACAGGACGCAGUGGCUAUAGAAAUGCAAGGACAAGGAGCUCCUACAACAGGUCUCAGUCAAGUUAUGACUAUGAUAGUUCCAGAAGCAGAUGGCUACCUGAGGGUGCAGUAGUGAUGGACCGAUCAGCCUUCUAUGACUCAAGGAAUUGGUUUGAUCAGCAUAGGGAUAUGAGGCUAGACAUAGACAACAUGAGCUAUGAGGAACUACUUGCUUUAGAAGAGAGGAUAGGAAAUGUGAGCACUGGUCUGUCCAAAGAGACCAUCUCCGGGUGCCUGCAAGAAAUGAUACAUUGUUCAUCUGAUCAAAUGAAAGAUGAUGAUGAGGAAGAAAAGUGUGCUAUUUGUCUGGAAAAUUAUGACGACCAAGAUGAGCUCGGAAGGUUAAGCUGCCGACAUGAUUUCCAUGCCAGCUGCAUCAAGAACUGGUUGCUGAUAAAGAAUGCAUGCCCAAUCUGCAAGGCUGCUGCUUUCAUCGAUUCUCCGAAGGAGAAGCAAAUAUGAUCCAUCCCUGUUUAGAUCAGAUGGUUCCGAUCUUUAUCUCAUUUAUCUGGCUUUCUUGUAAAUAUGCUUCUCCUAUUGACAUUGUCUUUACAAAUUAGAAAAACGAUGUUACCCCUGUAAAUUUGUUGGUGGUGGUUCAAGCAAUCAAGCUCUGCUUAUAAUGCUGUGUUUAGAUGGGGGGAUAAAAGAUGGGAAAGGGAAGUGAGUUUUAAGUUCAAGUUUAUUUGGGAGUUUUGUUGCGAGAUGGUAAAGAAAGGAGAAGCUUUCAUAA